UCUACUAUUUAAUGCCUUCUACUUUGAAACACUUUGCUAGUGUGGACAGAAAAUCACAAAAUGAGUUUGAAUAACAAAGUUCCAGAUUUGUUUUGUGCUGAAAUUGAUGAUGACAACGACUCUUUUCACUCCUUCGCUCAAAGCAGUAUCGAACCAUCUGAGUUGGGAUCUCUUUCCGACAUAGACGAUGGCCCCGAAGAUUCAAAUUCAGAUUCCUCUGCUGAGUUUGAGUUAAAUAAAAAUGCUGUCAAGAUUAACCCAAAUCUUCGUGUUGAUUGCCAGACUUCUGAGGCGCUUGCCACAAGUAGCUCCAGUGCCAGCGCUUCGGUGGCAAAACCGAUCCAAUAUGAAUCACCAAAAGUGACUCCUUCGCGAACCCCAAUGUGCCAUCAUAUGGUGCCGAAGUUAGCAGGCAAUUCACAGAUGCCCGAUAUAGAUCUCUUCAACAUGGACGCAUCUUCUUCAGUCAACCUGAUAAAGAAGGAUGUCCUCGAUAUAAGUCCCAAUACGGAGGCAUUGCAAAGGUUUGCCUUCACGGAAAUUUGGAUUGAAGAGCAGCAAAACUAUCCGGAACGUAAACGUUCGCUUACACGCGAAUUUACGGCUGCUUUAGAUGACUACUUUCAUACAAAAAAUAACGAUCAAUUUGAAAGUAUUUCGCUAGAGGAGCAACAGAAAGGCAAACUUUACAAGCAGCUCUUUGUGGCCCGAAACAAGUCGAGUAGCGGCCAAACAGCUAGCUUCCAGACUACUCCCGAAAGCAAGCCGUACGUUUCGCCCUUUGAGGAUAUGCCAGUUGUGCCUGAGGAGAGUAUUUUGCCUGGCCAAAAACCGCACAUUGUUGUACCGGCUGGCUACGAUUUAACCAAUCUGUGGGAGUACAAGAAUCCCAAUCACUGGCAUCGACGCCACACCACCUUCAAUGAUUAUCAUCCCUAGCAGCAAUCUCUGCAAGCAGAGAGUUGCAUAUCAGUUAAGUCACGUUGAAGCUUAUAUACUUAUUGUGUUCUAACUAUUGACGCAUUAAUAAAAUUCUGGUUUCAGAAAGUUCUGAAAUAAUUAAAGACUGCAAAAGGUCGGACCU